AUGAAUGUGAUGAAAAAGUUAUGUGAUCAAGUAAACGCUUAUCUUAAGAUAAAAAGUGGGACAUCUUAUCUAAAGAUAGCAUACGAAGAAGUAUUAUUUCCCAUCUACUUUAAUGGUAAAAAGAAGUACUUUAGGGUUGGGCAUGAAGAUGUAGUAAACUUUAAGCCAAAAAAACUUUUCAUGAAAGGGAUAGAAACUGUAAAACAAAAUAAUUUCCAGCUUCUCAAAUUCAUUGGAGAGAAGAUUAUGAGAGAAGCUAUGGAUAUAAAUAAUAGACGCUCAAUUCACAAAAUUGUUGAAUAUACUCUUAAAGAAGCUCGGAAUAAGGAAUGGGAUUUUAAUGAAUUUAUCGUAAUAGCAAUAAUUGCUUUAUGA